CAUAAAGCUCGCGGCGCGAGUGGCCAAGCCCAAUGAACGGAACACAGGAGCCUGGCAGCAGAGCUCCACGUGCCUCCCUCCAGUCCACAGCUUCUCGGCGUGCGCGUGUGUGGGUGACCUCGUCCUCCUAGGGACGUGUCGCCAUGGCGCCGCGCCACGCGGCCUCCUCGCUCCUCGCCCUCAGCCUGGUCGCUCUGCUCGCCCCGGCGCGCGCCAACCGCACGUGCGCGGUGGACAACUUCCCCGUGGUGGACAACUUCGACAAGGAGCGGUACCUGGGCAAGUGGUACGCAGUCUCCAAGAAGGACCCGGAGGGGCUUUUCCUGCAGGACAACAUCUCAGCCGACUAUACCCUCGACGACGACGGCAACUUGGUGGCCACCUCGCGUGGCCGUGUCAAACUCUUCGGGUUCUGGGAGGCGUGCGCUGACAUGGUGGCCUCCUACAUCGUGGCCAAGCCCGAAGUGAAGUCCAAGAUGUUCAUGAACUACCAAGGGCUCGCCAGCUACCUCUCCAGCGGGGGAGACGACUACUGGGUGAUCGACACGGACUACGACUCGUACGCGAUCACCUACUCGUGCCGCUCGCGCGACGAGGAGGGUCUGUGCGCCGACGGCUACUCGCUGGUGUUCGCGCGCACUCCGCGCGGCCUGUCGCCCGGCACGCAGCGCAUCGUCCGCGCGCGCCAGGACGAGCUUUGCCUGCUGGGCCACUUCACGCCGGUGCUGCAGAACGGAGCUUGCCCAUGAAGCAAAGGAGGGUGGCAAGGUGGGCGGAGGAGCCCUCACCACCUGCCCCAGUGCUCAGCCGACACACACAACCAUAACCAGAGAUGUGCAUUAUUCAACAUAUAUCGACAUUAUAUGAUUGGGUAUUGUGCAUUUAAUGAUAUUUAAACAUACAAUACAUAGGUGAGAGGCUAUAUAUAGUUAUAUCCUCAUCAGUCCUCCGCAAGUGGUGAAAGCUAGGUCUAUGAAUACAUUUUCCAAAAAUGUGGUCAAUUUUACUGUUUUAUUGUUUUACUGUUGUGUCCACCCAUAACAACAAGUUAAUAGCAAUAUUCGUUUGAUCUUGAUUUGAAGCUUUCGUGACUGCAGGAAUCCAUACUCUUUGGUUCGUUCGGUAAAGUCACGUAGGUAGACAAUACAUCACGACGUUUCUGGCGCAACACAAGCGUCCGUCAUCAGGUGGGAAAGCAUGUUUAUUUUAUACCUAUGUGACUUUACCGAAAGAACCAAAGAGUAUAAUAUUCGUGUGAUAGUAUAUGCAUCAUGCCCUCAUGCUUAUGCAUUAUGAAACUAAAAAUAAAGAAAUAUUGAACACGUG